UUGGCCUUGGUUGUUACAGGGCUGCAGGGGAACUGGCAGCACCGAGUGACCAGGCAGAUGUGCUCCCAUGAGAAUUCCUUCCAACCUGCCCAGUUCCUGCUGCUGGUGGGGGUUCCCGUGGCAAGUGUCCUCCUUCUGGUCCAGUGCCUUCGAUGGCACCGUCCUCGCUGGCUGCUGCGGACCUGCUGGAAGCUGGAUAAUCAGGAGCAGCCAGUGCCUGAUCCCACUCCCCUACCAGAAUAUGAGGCCCCAAACCAGUGCCCGUCGGUCAUCAUGUCAGAGAUGGUCGCCUUCUACCAGGAGCUGCACACGCCCACCCAGGGCCAGACUGUCACCCGUCAGCUGAUGCACAAGCUGCUGGUGUUUUCGGCUCGAGAGGUGGAUCACCGCGGUGGCUGCCUGAUACUCAGGGACACGGGCAUCUCUCUGCUCAUCCCGCCAGGUGCUGUGGCUGUGGGCCGCCAGGAGCGGGUGUCACUGAUCCUGGUGUGGGACCUGUCGGAUGCCCCACCACUGUCCCGAGACCAGGCACUGGUGAGCCCCGUGGUGGCAUGUGGACCCCAUGGGGCCUCCUUCCUGAAGCCCUGCACCCUCACCUUCAAGCACUGCGCCCAGCAGCCCAGCCAUGCCCGCACCUACAGCAGCAACACGAACCUGCUCGAUGACAAAGCCUGGAAGCCCCUUGGGCAGGCGGGGGUCCACACCUCCCUGGACGAGUGUCGCAUCCAGCUCUCCCACUUUAGCCUCUACACCUGUGUGCUGGAGGCACCCGUGGGCCAUGAAGCUCGCAAGUGGCUGCAGCUGGCGGUGUUCUGCUCCCCACUGGCGCCAGGGCAGACCCACCUGCAGCUGCGUGUCUACUUCCUCAACAACACGCCCUGCGCCCUGCAGUGGGCAAUUACCAACGAGCAGCCCCACGGCGGGCGCCUGCGUGGGCCCUGCCAGCUCUUCGACUUCACUGGGGCCCGAGGGGACCAGUAUCUAAAGCUCAAGUACAUCUCUGAGGGUUGGGAGAAUGUGGAUGACAGCAGCUGCCAGCUAGUUCCCCACCUCCACAUCUGGCAUGGAAAGUGCCCCUUUCGCUCCUUCUGCUUCCGGAGGAAAGCAGCCAGUGAGAAUGAGGACUGCUCGGCACUAACCAAUGAGAUCAUCGUCACCAUGCACACCUUCCAGGAUGGCUUGGAGACCAAGUACAUGGAAAUCCUCAGAUUCCAGGCAUCAGAGGAGGAGGCCUGGGCGGCACCACCCCCUGUCUCCCAGGCUCCCCCAUGCAACAGGCUGCCCCCCGAGCUCUUUGAGCAGCUGCAGAUGUUGCUGGAGCCGAACAGCAUCACAGGCAAUGACUGGCGGAGACUGGCCUCCCACCUGGGGCUCUGCGGCAUGAAGAUCCGGUUCCUGUCCUGCCAGCGCAGCCCCGCAGCGGCCAUCCUGGAGCUGUUUGAGGAGCAGAACGGCAGCCUGCAGGAGCUGCACUAUCUCAUGACACUUAUGGAGCGGCUGGACUGCGCCUCCGUCAUCCAGAAUUACCUGAAGACCGACGGCAGCCCAGCCCCGGUCCGCGGAGGCGCCUGGGAGAACCAGGCCCUGGAGCUGGACGAGAAGCUCUGA